CACACGCUUCAUACCCAACCACAUUCAUCACCAUGGCCAUCCAAAAGAUCCUCGCCCGACAGAUCUUCGACUCCCGAGGAAACCCAACCAUCGAGGUUGACCUCGUCACCGACAAGGGAUCUUUCCGCGGUGUGUCCCCCUCUGGUGCCUCCACCGGUAUCCACGAGGCCCACGAGCUCCGUGAUGGCGACAAGUCCGCCUACCUCGGCAAGGGUGUUUCCAAGGCCGUUUCCAACGUCAACGACAUCAUCGCCCCCGAGCUCAUCAAGUCUGGCAUCGACGUCGCUGACCAGAAGGCCAUCGAUGACUUCCUGAUCAAGCUUGACGGCACUGCCAACAAGGAGAAGCUCGGAGCCAACGCCAUCCUCGCCGUAUCCAUUGCCAGCGCUUACGCCGGAGCCGCCGAGAAGGGACUGCCCCUCUACGCCUACAUUGCCUCGCUCGCAGGCAUCAAGGCCCCCUACAUCCUCCCAGCACCCGCCCUCAACGUCAUCAACGGUGGUUCCCACGCUGGUAACAAGCUCGCCUUCCAGGAGUUCAUGAUCGUCCCAACCGGCGCUCAGACCUUCACUGAGGCCAUGAAGAUCGGCUCCGAGUGCUACCACACCCUCAAGAGCGUCAUCAAGGGCAAGUACGGCAUCGACUCCGUCAACGUUGGUGACGAGGGAGGAUUCGCCCCACCUUUCGCCUCUGCUGAAGAGGCCCUUGAGGUCCUCACUGAGUCCAUCAAGAAGGCUGGCUACGAGGGCAAGGUCCACAUCUCCCUCGACGUUGCCUCGUCCGAGUUCUACAAGGAGGGCAAGUACGACCUGGACUUCAAGAACCCCAAGAGCGACCCUUCCAAGUGGAUCUCCGGCAAGGAGCUCGCCGACGUCUACAUCGGCUUCAUCAAGAAGUACCCAAUUGCUUCCAUCGAGGACCCAUUCGACCAGGACGACUGGGAGGCCUGGUCCCACCUGCGCGCCAACGCUGGUGUCACCAUCAUUGGUGACGACUUGACUGUCACCAACCCCCUCCGAAUCAAGACUGCCAUUGAGAAGAAGGCUUGCAACGGUCUGCUGCUCAAGAUCAACCAGAUUGGUACCAUCUCCGAGUCGAUCCAGGCUGCUCAGCUCUCGCAGUCGGACAACUGGGCCGUCAUGGUCUCUCACCGAUCUGGUGAGACCGAGGACAUUACCAUUGCUGACAUUGUUGUUGGUCUGGGAGUCGGUAUCAUCAAGACUGGUGCUCCUUGCCGAUCCGAGAGGGUUGCCAAGUACAACCAGCUGCUGCGAAUCGAGUCGCUGGAGCCUAACGCUACUUACGCUGGCCUGAACGGUUUCACUCAGGGCGAGACUGCACCCAAGGUCCUCUCGCACAAGUCCAAGUAAAGCGUUGCCGGCCGUGUAUCACUGAGCUAUACGGUGUCAUAUCCCCUUUUCUGUCGCUGAGUCUGUAACAUCAGCUUUGUGGCUCAAGGGAGAAAUACAGAUAUAAUCGAAAUGCACUUGGUGUGCUUGCGUUGCCUCGUCCCCGUCUUGCCUUGCCUCGCCUUGUCUUUGUCUCAAUCGCUGACCGCGCAAUACAGAUAGAUUUUACAGG